AGAGAUCGUUGUCCAGUCUCCAUCCAGAUGUGGCCAAGUAGUUUCUAUGUCUCUGCAUUCCUUCUGGUUGCAGUACAUGCAGCAUCACUGAAGAAAGCCUCUGAUUACUUCGAAAUUUGUCACACAUCAGAUCCUAAGUUCAAUGAAUGUGUCGCAAAUACAUUAAUUAAAUUACGAGGGAAAUUGAUGAAAGGGAUACCCUCAUUGAAUUUGCUACCAAUAGAUCCUCUUGAAGUAGAAAAAAUGGAACUAAGGCAGGGGAGCGGAGAAAACUUUCAUAUUUAUCAGAAAUUAACUGAUCUUAAAGUUUAUGGUUUAAGUAACUAUUCAAUAGACAAUUUCAAGUUUGAUUAUAAGAAAAAACAAUUGAAUCAAACUUUAUCAUUUCCACUGGUAAAAUUGGAUGGAGCUUAUGAGAUCGAUGGAAAGAUUCUUAUUUUGCCCAUCAACGGAAAAGGAAACGUCACUUAUACGUGCAGAAAUGUAACAAUUGACAGUAUAAUAACCUUUGAGAGAUUUGAGAAAAACAAAGAAAGAUAUAUAAGAAUUAAAGAUUAUAAGAUACACAUCCAGCCGCAGCAUGCAGAAAUACACUUCACAAACCUAUUCAACGGAGAUAAAAGAUUGGGUGAUGCAAUGAAUACAUUUCUAAACAACAACUGGAAGGAAGCCUUCGAAUCAUACAGAGAGCUGCCAGAGAAAGCCUUCGCAGACUUGAUGAAAAUUCACAUGAACCGUGUAUAUACAAAAUUUCCUGAGAAUGAAAUUUUCCCAGAGUAAAAUUCAAAAGGCAAUUUGAGAAGAAAAGCCUUGAAAAGACUGAAUACACCUAUAUGGAAAGCAAAAAAAUCGCUUUAUCCAGAAAACCUUCAGUACUUGAGUUAUUUUUUAAUUUAUAAUUUUGAUUUUAAAUUAAAAUCUUUACUUUAAUACCUCAUUAUUAUAUAGAUUGAACAAAUUAGGUUUAAAUUUGAAGAUAAUUAGAAAUUAAUUUUUUAAAAACUGGUUAAAAUUAAAUUCCUUGUAUUAUGUUCAUAUUCUAUAAGAAAAUAAAAAUGUUUAUGACUGCAUGCGCCCUAUUUAUCAC